AUGGCUUUGAUUAAGAACAAUAUGUUUUUCACUUCUUUGUUGAUUCUUGUAGCUCUUUUUGGAGUUGUCCUUGGAGGAACCGUUCACAAGGUCGGCGACUCUAAGGGAUGGACUAUGAUGGGAGAUUACGAGGCUUGGGCUUCUUCAAGAACUUUCCAUGUUGGAGACUCGUUGGUCUUUGCAUACAACAACGAUUUCCACGACGUCACUGAAGUCACUCACAAUGAUUUCGAGAUGUGUGAAUCAUCUAAACCGCUUAUGAGAUACAACACUGGAUCCGACUCAAUCAGCCUAACCAAACCGGGACUCCUACAGUUUAUAUGCGGAGUUCCAGGUCAUUGUACGUCGGGACAGAAGCUUCAAAUUCAUGUCCUACCAGCCUCGUUGGGUCCUGUCGCUGCUCCGGUUCCUGGACCGGUCCGAACACCAAGCUCUUCCUCAUCUCCUUCACCAGCAACUGCCCCACAAUAUCAAGAUCAUAUGGCUCCAUCACCUCUUCAAAACGGUGGUGCCAGCUCAAAGUCAGCUUCUUGGAUCGGCUUCAUCAGCUUGUUGGCCUUGAUCUUAGCAUUCUAG